UCGCGAAAUAGUUCGUCGUCGCGAGGAACCAGAUCUUCCCAAAAAACGCAGAAGGGUCACGCGUAGCGAAACAACAAACAAUGGCAAACGCACUAGUGCGUAUUAAUUGCAUGCCAAAGCAGCAAUUAGUUGCUCUCGUUCCGGCAGCUCUACGCAACACUACGGUCGUUGCUGGGUGUAAUAACAAGCAGCAAGUGCGACUCCAGUCAGCCCAGGCAUCCGCACCACCACCACAAACGAAAACGAAGUUCGGCGCGUUGGCCGACCAGGACCGUAUCUUUACCAAUCUGUACGGUCGUCACGAUUGGCGUUUGAAAGGCGCUCUCAAGCGCGGCGAUUGGUAUAAGACGAAGGAAAUCCUGCUGAAAGGCACGGAUUGGAUUUUGAAUGAAAUCAAGGUAUCGGGUUUGCGUGGUCGUGGAGGUGCCGGUUUUCCUACUGGCAUGAAAUGGUCCUUCAUGAACAAACCUUCUGAUGGACGUCCGAAGUAUCUGGUUGUUAAUGCCGACGAGGGUGAACCGGGAACGUGCAAGGAUCGUGAGAUCAUGCGCCAUGAUCCUCACAAGCUGAUUGAAGGUUGCCUGAUCGCAGGACGUGCAAUGGGGGCGCGGGCAGCUUACAUUUACAUUCGUGGAGAAUUCUACAACGAAGCUUCCAACAUGCAGUUGGCCAUCGCCGAAGCUUACCAGGCGGGAUUAAUUGGAAAGAACGCCUGUGGAUCCGGUUACGAUUUUGACGUUUUCAUGCACCGAGGAGCUGGCGCGUACAUUUGUGGCGAAGAAACGGCUCUCAUUGAAUCCCUGGAGGGUAAGCAAGGCAAGCCGCGUCUAAAGCCGCCAUUCCCGGCCGAUGUCGGUGUGUUCGGAUGUCCUACGACCGUUUCGAACGUGGAAACUGUGGCUGUAGCGCCAUCAAUUUGCCGUCGAGGUGGUGUAUGGUUUGCCAGUUUCGGUCGUACUCGUAAUUCCGGUACGAAAUUGUUUAACAUCUCCGGCCACGUCAAUACGCCGUGUACGGUCGAGGAAGAAAUGUCGAUUCCGUUGAAGGAGCUGAUCGAGCGCCAUGCCGGGGGCAUUCGUGGUGGAUGGGACAAUCUGCUCGGUAUCAUCCCCGGUGGUUCUUCGACGCCCGUCAUUCCGAAGUCGGUUUGUGAGGAUGUGUUGAUGGAUUUCGACGGCUUGGUGCAGGCUCAAACCUCUCUGGGAACGGCUGCCAUUAUUGUGAUGGAUAAAUCGACGGACAUCAUCAAGGCCAUCUCGCGGCUGAUUAUGUUCUACAAGCACGAAAGCUGCGGUCAAUGUACACCGUGCCGCGAGGGAAUUUCGUGGAUGAACAAGAUUAUGCACCGCUUUGUUUCCGGCGAUGCACGUCCGGCCGAAAUCGAUAUGUUGUGGGAAAUUUCCAAACAGAUCGAAGGUCACACCAUCUGUGCUUUGGGUGAUGGUGCAGCAUGGCCAGUUCAAGGCCUUAUUCGACAUUUCCGCCCGGAAAUUGAGUCUAGGAUGAAGCAGUACGAGCAAAAGCAAGCCGCCGACAAGAACUAAAAACGAUAAACUAUUUCACUCAUGUCAAAAUCCUACGAAUGACGAAUGCUGUAGUGAUGGAAUGGAUAUUUAAACACGAAAAAUGGGACUUGUACGUCGUACGGUUGUAAAACUUUCAAGUCAGUCGUAUCCAGCUUGUUAAAUGAAGUUUUUGUGUAUGAUAUCAACUAAAUAAAUAAAUGCCGUACUACUUAGACAUAAACAAACGACACCUUUUAAUGCUUUGCAUUCAAUGUCGCAGUUAAAUUUUAAUUAAUUGGUGUUUUUUGCAAACGUAUUAAAAGUUUUAGCUUUAAUUUCAUGUCGAUAGGCCAAAAUGUGGAUAACAAUAUUUUUGUAGAUCUGAAGCCUACCGUAGCAAACAUUUGUGAAAGUAAGUCUAGAUAAUGAUUGUACAGCAAAAGUGACCCAGCAGGUUGUAAAGUUGAAAAGUAAUCAGCUAUUACCAGAAAGUAGACUUCAAUGCCUUCCUCAGUAAUUGAUCCUAUACGUGUUUCUUUUAAGUUAAUCUAUCCAGAACGCUUCAGCCGUAUGUACCGAGUACCAAAGGAGUUAUGGUUUGAUCAGCUUCCUUAGCAGCAGCCUUACUUAUAUCAGUCACACGAGUUCGGUGAUUAUUUUAAAUUUGUUGUUAUAUCCCGCAUUUUGCUGCAAUAC